AUGGAGACAUCUACGACGAUAACGGAUACAUUCACCUCGACGUAUAGGCCAACUUUGUCAUCUUCCAACCCGAGAGGACAGAAACUACUGGUGAGAGCUAUGUAACUGUGUGUGUGUGACAUCAAAUCGACACAGAACAGAUGUGACUCUUACAGAAGACUGCAGUGUGGAUGUGUUGUAGUUAGUUGCAAUGAUAACAUAGUGUAUAUGGAAAGGGUCAGAAACACUGCUUUGAAAGGUCUAGUUGAAGUUAACUCUCUCCUCUCACACCCCUCCUCCCCUCUCCCUACCCCUCUCUCCCCCUCCCUUCCUCUCCAGGGUAGAGUCAAUAAGCUUGGUGUGAGUCACGUGGGCUAUCCGGUCCACGGCUGUUUUAACGCCAGCAUUCUGAAGCCGGCCCACUUCACCAUGGAGACCUGGAGGGAGGCGGGGCCCAGGAUAGGAGCGGAGCUGGAGUUUGAGGUAUGUCAGCUGGACGCAGACACUGUCGGAGUACUGCUGAUCAGAGGACGAAUGGGCAGGAAACAGUAGGUUAGAGAGUGUGUGUCUGAGAUGGACUAUAUUGCAGUUGGACUGGACUGAGCAGAAUAAAUAAUCUACAAAUCGCCUUGUAUCCCAAAUAAAUACUCAAGUCUGUGCCUUGCUGUGUGUGUGUGUGUGUGUGUGUGUGUGUGUGUGUGUGCCUGCACUUGUGGUGUGUGUGUGUUGUGUUUUCUUUCUCUCAGAGUUCAGAAGCUGAUGGCAGCAGGAGAGAGUUCUGAUCCCAACGACCCUGCAGAACAGCUGGAGGAACCAGACACAGAACCUGCUCUAGAACCUGAUCUAGAACCCAGCCACCGUGAAACUCAAGAAGAAGAAAAAGGACAAACACAGAGGAAGAGACUGCAGUACCGCCACCCGGCCAGCAGGGAGGCACUGUGUUUGGAACAGCAGAGGACAGUGGCACUAACGGCCACAUGGAGGAGGAGAAAAGGAAGAAAAAGAAUGACAGAAAGAGGAGGAGAGGGCGGUGAAGUGGAGGUCUCCCGUGGAGGUGCAGGGGAGCAACCUUAG